UUGCAGCCCAGCAGGGACUUUCCAGCCGGCGGCGGCGGCGGCCGCCGGCCCUUCCCCGCCCCCCGACAUGGGGCUGCCCGGGGAGCAGGACGCUGCGGACCGCGGCGGAGGACGCGCCCGGCGCCCCUGAGCCGGCCGAGCGGCGCGGACGCGGAUGAGGAAACUGAGGCCCAGAGAAGUUAUGCCACUUGGUUAAGGUCCCAAAGCAGCUGCACUUCCGCCUGCCUACGGUAUUUUCCAGCGAAGCUAAGUGCCCAGCGGUCACCAGGGGUGAACCUGAAUCAUCACCUAUCGAAUCAAGGUAAGGGACUCCACUACAUUAUCUGAAGAAGGAUAAGGUUGACGCUGCUUUGCUUUUUCUUUAUUGAAAUCUCUUCCCGCCUGAUCAAGCUUAGAUACAUCUUCUUACAGCAUAUGACACACAGGAUGGAGCCGAGUAAAAAGCUGGACGCAGCCGGCACCCUGCCAGCCAACCCCCCACUGAAGCUGCACCCUGACCGCGGCGCCGGGCCUGCUGUCCUGGUCCCCGAGCAGGGGGGCUACAAGGAGCGCUUCGUGAAGGCCGUGGAGGACAAGUACAAGUGCGAGAAGUGCCGCCUGGUGCUCUGCAACCCCAAGCAGACCGAGUGCGGACACCGCUUCUGCGAGACCUGCAUGGGCGCCCUGCUCAGCUCCUCCAGCCCGAAAUGCACUGCGUGUCGAGAAGGCAUCAGCAAAGAUAAGGUGUUUAAGGAUAAUUGCUGCAAGAGAGAGAUUCUGGCCCUUCAGAUAUACUGUAGGAACGAAGGCAGAGGCUGUGUAGAGCAGUUAGCACUGGGGCACCUGCUGGUGCACUUGAAGAAUGAUUGCCAGUUUGAGGAGCUUUUGUGUGUCCGUGCCGACUGCAAAGAGAAGGUACUGAGGAAGGACCUGCGUGACCACGUGGACAAGGCCUGUAAAUACCGUGAGGCCACGUGCAGCCACUGCAAAAGCCAGGUCCCGAUGAUCACGUUGCAGAAACACGAAGACACCGAGUGUCCCUGCGUGGUGGUGUCCUGCCCUCACAAGUGCAGUGUCCAGACCCUUCUGAGGAGCGAGUUGAGUGCACACUUGUCAGAGUGUGUCAAUGCCCCCAGCACCUGUAGUUUUAAGCGCUAUGGCUGCGUUUUUCAGGGGACAAACCAGCAGAUAAAGGCCCACGAGGCCAGCUCCGCGGUGCAGCAUGUCAACUUACUCAAAGAAUGGAGCAACUCUCUAGAGAAAAAGGUUUCCUUGCUGCAGAAUGAAAGUGUAGAAAAAAACAAGAGCAUACAGAGUUUGCACAACCAGAUAUGUAGCUUUGAAAUUGAAAUUGAGAGACAAAAGGAAAUGCUUCGAAAUAAUGAAUCCAAAAUACUUCAUUUACAGCGAGUAAUAGACAGCCAAGCAGAGAAACUGAAGGAGCUCGACAAAGAGAUCCGCCCCUUCCGGCAGAGCUGGGAGGAAGCAGGCAGCAUGAAGAGCAGCGUGGAGUCCCUCCAGAACCGGGUGACCGAGCUGGAGAGCGUGGACAAAAGCGCGGGGCAGGCGGCUCGGAACACAGGCCUGCUGGAGUCCCAGCUGAGCCGGCACGACCAGAUGCUGAGUGUCCACGACAUCCGCCUGGCCGACAUGGACCUGCGGUUCCAGGUCCUGGAGACCGCCAGCUACAACGGCGUGCUGAUCUGGAAGAUCCGGGAUUACAAGCGGCGGAAGCAGGAGGCCGUCAUGGGGAAGACCCUGUCCCUCUACAGCCAGCCUUUCUACACUGGCUAUUUCGGCUACAAGAUGUGCGCCAGGGUCUACCUGAACGGGGAUGGCAUGGGCAAGGGGACGCACCUGUCGCUGUUUUUUGUCAUCAUGCGCGGAGAAUACGACGCUCUGCUUCCCUGGCCGUUCAAGCAGAAGGUGACGCUCAUGCUGAUGGACCAGGGGUCCUCCCGGCGACACUUGGGGGACGCGUUCAAGCCGGACCCCAACAGCAGCAGCUUCAAGAAGCCCACCGGCGAGAUGAACAUCGCUUCCGGCUGCCCAGUCUUCGUGGCCCAGACUGUGCUGGAAAACGGGACGUACAUUAAAGAUGACACCAUUUUCAUCAAAGUCAUAGUGGAUACUUCGGACCUGCCAGACCCCUGACGAGUCCCUGGGGAGGCGGGCUGAGCAGAAGGCAGCUCCCCUGGGGGUUUGAGCCGCCGCCUCCACCGAGGCCCUCGCGCCCAGACAGGGACCUCGUGGGGCGGAGGAGGCGGCAGAAGGUGGCCGCGGGCCGGCGGGAGGAGCCACGCGGCAGGACACACACGCCAUGUUUUCUAAUAGACUAGCAACACUUCACUUGGAAGAAUUAUUUAUCCUUCGACGAGAGAAAUACUGCUGUCAGAGAAGGUUUUCAUUUUCAUUUUUAAAGAUCUAGUUAAUUAAGGUGGAAAACAUAUAUGCUAAAGAAAAGAACCAUGAUUUUUCUUCCUUAAACACCAAAAAAAGAACACACACACACACACACACACACGCGCACACACCUGGGGAUAGCUGGACAUGUCAGCAUGUUAAGUAAAAGGAGAAUUUAUGAAAUCAUAAUGCAGUUCUGCUAUAUUCAUUCUAAGAUUCAAGAGUGCAGUCCUGUUUCAAACAUAGCCCGUUGUCUGUUUUAAGGCCUCAUCUGGUCUCUGCUUCAAUACUCUGUCAGAAGACCCGGAAGUGCACCUAGGUCUUUUUUGGAAGUCUCUAAAUUCAGAAUCGUUUUUUAAUUUAAAGUUCUAAGAUAAUUGUUACUGCAAACAUUUCAUUUUAAAACGUUGAUAGACUGAUAUUUCUUGGAAGAAAAUGUAAAAUAUCAAACACUGGUUAUCACUUGUGAUAGGAAAGAGAAUAUUCAAUCUGUUGUUAUUUCUCGUUAGAAAUGU